GGGCUUCCGCUCUCGGUGGCCCACGGCGGGGGCAGGGCGGGACUGGCGGCGCCGACUCGUCCUCAUGGCCGCAGCGCCGGACCCCGGCGAGGCCGGGAAGGGGAAGCCCUUUAAGCUCCUAGGAAUUUUAGAUGUCGAAAACAUUCCCUGUGCUCGGGACUCGAUAUUAUACGGUUCAUUAGGAUCGGCUGUGGCUGGCCUUGGACAUUUUUUGUUAACUAGCAGAAUUAGAAGGUCAUGUGAUGCUGCAGUAGGCGGAUUCAUCCUGGUGACUUUAGGAUGCUGGUUCCAUUGUAGGUAUAAUUAUGCAAAGCUAAGAAUACAGGAAAGAAUUGCCAGAGAAGGAAUUAAAAAUAAGAUUUUAUAUGAAAGUACCCACCUUGAUCCUGAAAGAAAACAAACCAGCGGCAACGGCAGCAACUGAGCCGAGUCCCAAGCAGAGAAAACCCAACACAACUGACUGAAGUCAGUGAGAACAAAGUGAGGGCAACUAUGUAAAACAUUAUUACGUACCUGAGAAGGCUUUCAAUCAAGUAAAUAAAGGAUGUGUAAAUUGUAGUCUUUUUUAAAAAACUUGUAUGAAUACUUACGAACUUAUUCUGGCCCUGUAUCUACUGCCAUCAUAGCAUAUAGUGGAUUUGUUGUAUUUAAAAUAAACCUAGCACUCAGCAUGUUUAGAAAAGUUUCCUUGUAAUAAGCAGUGAGUAUAAAUGAGGGCAGUUCAAGAAAUCAAAUCUCUCCCAUUUGGAUUUUAAAUCUUGCCUUAAAAACAAAAGUACAACUGUAUGAUGUACCCUGUUAAAAAUGAGGGAAUAUUUCCUGGCUUCUUAAGCCAAUGAUCAUGUAAGACUUAAAACGAAUGGAUUGUAUCAUUUUGCAGUUAUUUAAAAAACAUAUCCAUUGCUUGA